UUUCAUCUUUGUUUUGUAGUUGGCAAACCGCCGAGCCGGCAGACGCAACGUCACUUCCUCAAGUUAUUUCCAUUUGUUUGUGGCAAACGCCAGCAGUUAUCUUGUACCUUAUACACUAAAGAUAACGUUACUGUUUUAUUUUACAGUUUGUCAGGGUGGAAACAGUAGAGCCUUUAUUUUCUGUGAAUUGUUGUACCCUUAAAUUAUGCAAGAAAUAUAGUGGCUAUCAAACGUGUUAGCGUUAGCAAAGACAGGGAAACGUGCGUCUGCGAGCAGAAGUAGUUGGUCAGCUAACGUUAGCUAGCUAGUUUAGGUUAAUUGGCUAACUAUUGUUAGCUGCCUGGCUCCUGGUACAGUUGGUGUUGUGGUGUUGGCUAACAUUAGUUUACUUACAAUUGUACGCUGAUGGAGUGCCCCCAUCUGAACUCAAACGUGAGCUGUCCUGUCGAUUCGUCCAGGUUCCCUAACGGUACCCCGUCCUCCUGGUGUUGCAACGUUUGUAGGUCCAAUAAAAGUCCAUGGAUUUGCCUUACCUGUCUGAUGGUCCACUGUGGACGAUAUGUCAAUGGUCAUGCAAAGAAACACUUUGAAGACAGCCAAGUUGCUGGUGUGAGUCAAAAGAAGGGUGAGAAACAGGAGAAAGAGAAAUCCCAUCAUUCUGUGUGCAUGGACUGCAGCAACUACAGUGUAUUCUGUUACAGAUGUGAUGACUUUGUUGUCAAUGACACCAAACUCGGGCAGGUGCAGAAGGUGAGGGAACAUCUUCAGAGUUUAGAAAACUCAGCACUGAUGAACGACAGACAGAGGAAAAGGAAACUUCAGGAAAGCCCAGCUCCAGACAGCAAGUUGCUGAAGGACAAUGAUGGGGUAGCCCUAGGUGCUACAGGCCUGCGGAAUUUAGGCAACACAUGCUUCAUGAACGCCAUUCUGCAGUCCCUCAGCAACAUCGAGCAGUUCAGCUGUUACUUCAAGGAGUUGCCUGCGGUGGCUCUUCGCAGUGGUAAGACGGCAGGAAGAAGGAUGUACCACACCCGCAGCCAAGGGGACAACAGUGUGUCUUUGGUGGAGGAGUUCAGGAAAACCCUUUGUUCUCUGUGGCAAGGCAGCCAGACCGCCUUCAGUCCAGACUCAUUAUUUUAUGCUAUAUGGAAAAUCAUGCCAAGUUUCAGGGGCUAUCAGCAGCAGGAUGCCCACGAGUUCAUGCGUUACCUACUGGACCACCUGCACAGGGAGCUCCAGUACAGUCGCAACGGGGCGUCUCACCCAGUCUCACCUCAAGACGGGGUCAGACUCUCCACCACAGAGGGCAAAUGCUGCAUCAAUGGGACUGCUAGUGUUGUCACAUCCAUUUUUGGUGGCAUACUUCAGAAUGAAGUCAACUGCCUGAUAUGUGGGACAGAAUCUCGGAAGUUUGAUCCAUUUCUUGAUCUGUCUUUGGACAUUCCCAGCCAGUUCAGACAAAAAAGAAGUAAGGACCAGGAGCCAGGGCCAAUAUGCACCUUACGUGACUGCUUACGUAGCUUCACUGACCUGGAAGAACUUGAUGAAACAGAGCUGUACUAUUGCCACAAAUGUAAGAAGCGACAGAAAUCCACUAAGAAGUUCUGGAUCCAGAAGCUGCCAAAGGUUUUGUGUCUGCACCUGAAAAGGUUCCACUGGACAGCCUUUUUGAGAAACAAGGUGGAUACCUACGUGGAAUUUCCACUGAAAGGCCUGGACAUGAAGGGCUACUUACUUGAGCCAGAGAAUUCAUUACCAGAAAGCUGCCUGUAUGACCUUGUUGCUGUGGUCGUGCAUCAUGGAUCUGGGGUUGGAUCAGGGCAUUACACAGCAUAUGGCAGCCAUGAGGGCCGCUGGUACCACUUCAAUGACAGCACAGUGACGCUGACCAAUGAGGACACAGUGAGGAAGGCCAAGGCCUACAUCCUCUUCUACGUAGAGAGGACUGAACAGGUGGCCUCAGACAAGAGUACCACAAACAGCACAGCCACCAGCAAGCCUGCUGUGGACACUGCAGCCACGGACAGUGUUUCCUCAGACGUAGCUGCUCAGGAUGAGGUUGCAGCAGACACGGUUGCCACAGACACGGUUUUGAUUGACGUGGCAGCCUCACACAUGAAUACCCUGGAUGUGGUGGCCCCAGGUAAUGCUGCAGUGUACAAUGAGGGUGAAGACAUGCCUGAACUACGUAAUGCUGACACAGCUUCAAUGGAGGCUGCAACAGAUAGGGACACCUCAGACAAGGCUGCAACCCAGGAAGCCAGCCAAGCUAUACAAGCUGUUGCACAAUGAUUCUGUCAGACCAGCUCAUCACACCGUUUGGCUUCACCUCGAUCACAUUUCUCACAGUGCUUGAUUUAAAUAGUUAAUUUUCACCUCUCAAUGUAUGUGCUACUAUUUUGUUUUUUAUGACCUGCAUGACAGCAUCAUGUAUAAUUUGCUGCUUGAGUUUUGUUUAGUAUGACUUUUUGCAUUUAUUUCCUUGAUGUUAUAUUCCUCAGUUGAGGUAGACGUCUCUAUAUUCAUUAGAUUCCAAAGGUGAUUGUUUAAGAUAAUGAAGUAAAGCUGUAGGAAAACCUCAAGUUGGUCCAAUGUUUAGUCUAGACUGAUGAGACUGAUUGUGUCAAGACACUGUGUCAUUGUAACAAUAUUUGGAGUUUCUAUUGUUUGUAAAGUUUCUAAUUUUGUCAUUUCCACCUCUUGAAAACCUCAUACUUCUUUUUUCCAGUUAUUAGGGAAGAUUUUAGUAAAAACAAUGCAAUGCAUUUAUUGACUGACAAGUGCUCGUUAGGGCUUUAGAAAGUUUUAACUUCUUGAGCAGAACCAAUGUGAAGAAAGGAUCAUUCUCAAGUUGUUUUAUUUGUCUGUAUUGACGCUGGAGUAUAAUUUUUAAUGUUUGAUGUUGGUCUGAAAUGGGCUUCGAAGCAGGCCCUGAUGAAAUGCUCUUUUCAAACAUGUAUUGGGCAAAGUGAUGAAAUACAAUGGAGAAUCUUUUUAUCAUUCCAUCCUUCUCUUGUCCCCACUCCUUCUGUAGCGACCUGUCAGAGGACACAGGUCAAAGAAUUUGUAUCAUGAAUCAAAUCCACCUUGAUUUUGUAAAUCUUGCAUUUUUUCUUUAUGAGACAAAUACAUAUCUUAUAUAUUGUC